AUGAAUGAAAGUUUAAUGGUUGCAUAAUUGAAGCAAAGGUUCUCCUAACCUAAUUAAUUGCAGAGAGGAUACGAUGAAUUGUUGGCUUAUUUAAAAAGUAACGAUAUCUCAUUUGAAUUAAUGCUAAUGAAAAUGAAAUUCGAAGAGAAACUAAAGAAGAAUGAAUAGGCAUUAAAAACAUGGUACUACAAUAUAAUUAAGAGUAGCAAUUUUUUAUUGUUCCUGUAACCGAACUCUCAAGAAUUACACAUUAGGAAAUUGAAUAUUCUAAAGCAAUUAUAAUAUUUCAAAGAAAUAUCAGAUGAAUUAUUGAUCAUUAAGUAACUAUUUCCUUAAGUUAAUUUAAUGCAAAUAUGA